UCUCUUGUGUUUUCUUUCUUUCCUGACUUUGUUGACUUCAAAAAAUUAAUAAUAUAAUUCCCCCACCUAUGUGUGUUUUUCGAGCAAUGUCAAGCGGCGGAGCCACCACCAAUUCAGGAGCCAACAACAACGCCACCCAAAUCCUCGGUGGUGCAAGCGUCACGCACCACCGCCGCCGCGUUGCCGAGACGAUGAACGACCCGGAGAAGCUGGAAAAGCCCGGCGGCGGGGGCGGCGGCGCCGCCGAUCAGGCGGCGGUGCAGAUCGCGCUGGACCAUUCGAAGAGCGAUGUGAACGAGGAGGCAUUGUUCAACAACGGCAACAACAUGAUUUACCAGCACCACCCGGUGGUGCGGUAUUUCCUUUCCCGGAAAAGGGUGCCGGAGAAUUGGGUUUUGUGCGUGGAGGAAUGUUUGUUGAGUGCUUGCGGCGCUUUGGGUUCUUUGGCAUCGAGGAAGAAUAUCGGCCGUACGGUUUUCAUGUGCCUUAUAUUGAUGGUGGUUGUGUCGGCGUUUCUCAAAUUUUCCUUCUUCAUGGGCGGCGGCGCGGCGGUGGAAGCCGGCGCGAAGAUUGCCAGGAUGGAGAACCAGAUUUUGUUCAUACAGAAUUUCAAGAAUAAUUUGCUGUCUAAUGCCCACAGCGCAGUUUUUGAUUCGGAAUCUUCUUCCGGCGCCGCCGGUCAGAAGCGGCAGAUGAAAGAAUUUCCGGUACCAGAAAUAUGGAUGAAACCAAACAGCGACAACUAUUACCAAUGUAUAGCUCGUCCGAGGAAUCGCAUACGGACGAAGGCUGCAACGAACGGCUACAUUUUAGUUCACGCGAAUGGCGGAUUGAAUCAAAUGAGAACAGGGAUAUGUGAUAUGGUGGCAGUGGCGAAGAUUAUGAACGCCACUCUCGUUCUUCCUUCCCUCGAUCAUGAUAGCUUUUGGACAGAUCCUAGUGAUUUCAAGGAUAUAUUUGAUUGGAGGCAUUUCAUUGAAGUGUUGAAACAAGAUAUCGAGAUAGUCGAAAAAUUGCCAUCGAAAUAUGCAUCGAAGAAUCCCUUGAUUAAAGCACCUGUCUCUUGGUCAAAGGCAAGUUACUACAGAGGAGAGAUUCUUCCUUUGUUAAAGAAACAUAAGGUGAUCAAAUUCACCCACACAGACUCGAGGCUAGCAAACAACGGCCUCGCUUCCUCUAUACAGAAAUUAAGGUGUCGAGCAAAUUACAAAGCCCUUCGUUACACCCCGGAAAUCGAGGAUCUCGGAAAGAAAUUAGUCGAGAGAUUGAGAGACGAAGGAGAACCCUUUAUCGCUCUUCACUUGAGGUACGAAAAGGAUAUGCUAGCGUUCACCGGCUGUGACCACAACCUAACAAAAUACGAAGCCGAAGAACUCCGUGUAAUGCGGUACAACGUAAAGCAUUGGAAGGAGAAAGAAAUCGACAGCAAAGAGAAGAGGCUACAAGGGGGUUGCCCAAUGUCACCGAGAGAGGCAGCACUAUUUCUCAAGGCAAUGGGGUACCCUUCUUCCACCAAAAUAUAUAUAGUUGCGGGCGAAAUCUACGGUAACAACAGUAUGGCUGCGCUCGGGGCGGAAUAUCCCAACGUAUACUCUCACUCAACUCUCGCAACGGAAGAAGAGCUUGAACCCUUCAAGCAAUAUCAAAAUCGACUAGCUGCAUUGGAUUAUAUUAUUGCAUUGGAGAGCGACGCGUUUGUUUACACGUAUGAUGGGAAUAUGGCUAAGGCUGUGCAAGGCCAUCGUAGGUUCGAAGGAUUUAGGCGAACAAUAAAUCCCGACAGGUUGGAAUUUGUUAAACUGAUUGAUUCAUUGGAUUCGGGCUCGAUUUCUUGGGAAGAAUUUGCUUCGGAGGUGAAGGGCCUACAUUCGGAGAGACUCGGUGGGCCGUACCUAAGACAACCGGGGCAAUUACCGAGGCUCGAAGAGAAUUUCUACGCUAAUCCAUUUCCUGGAUGUGUAUGUAAUAAAGAUCAACGGCCUGGUGGUUCGACUAGCGCUGCUUCACAAAGAUAGGUUUAUUUUUUUUAAUUUUUUUUCGGGUUUUAGUUUUAUAGUAAAAAAGAAAAAGGAAACAUCGAAAACGAAAUCGAAUACUGUAUAGUACACAAUGUGAAUUGAAAUUGGUACAGGUAAAAAUGGGGUGUACCAUAGCAGGAAAAAGGGUCACACAAUAGGGAGAGAGAGAAAGAAAUUAAAUGUGAUCUGAUUAAUGGUUUGUGAGGUGUUGUUACAAUUGGUGAAAGAUUAAAUAGCACCAGCCUUUUGUGAGCUGAGAAGUUGGUUAAAUAUUUUUGGUGAUAACACACACACCACAGGGUGUAAAACUGUGUAGAGAUAGAUAGAUACAAAUGUUUUUUGUUUUCUUGCUUCAGAGAAGUACAGUACAUAUAAUUUAUUCAAUUUAUUUUUUCACUA